CACACAAAUUAAAUUCUCACUCAAUAUUAACAGUUCAUUUCCUCUUCCGUAGUAGUAAUGCGAUCUUCUAUUCUUCUUCCAUUAUCACCAUUAUCUUCCCUCCCUCACUCUCAACUCCGCCACCGGGAACCCUAAAUAACGACACCGCCGAGUCGAUCAAAUUCCGAAACAGAUAAGGAAAAGGAAAGUUAAAAAGAAAGAAUGGGGUUCUUUAGUAUGAUAUUCAGCUUCGUCGGUUUUGGAGUAGGGAUUUCGAUUGGCAUUGUGAUCGGUUACUUCCUCUUCAUCUACUCCGUUCCAAGCGAUAUCAAGGAUCCUGAGAUUCGUCCAUUAGAUGAGCAAGAUGACGAGACUCUCCAGCAAAUGUUUCCUGAGAUUCCACCUUGGGUCAAAAAUCCUGACCACGAACGUAUGGAUUGGCUGAACAAGUUUAUUGAGUAUAUGUGGCCUUACCUAGAUAAGGCCAUUUGCAAGACAGUACAGGAAAUUGCAAAGCCGAUAAUAGCGGAACAGAUUCCAAAGUACAAGAUAGAAUCUGUCGAAUUCGAAACACUAACACUUGGGUCACUGCCACCAACUUUUCAAGGGAUGAAAGUUUAUGUGACUGAUGAGAAGGAGUUGAUAAUGGAACCAUGCAUCAAGUGGGCUGGAAACCCUAAUGUCCUUGUUGCGGUUAAAGCAUUUGGAUUGAAAGCAACAGCUCAAGUUUUGGAUUUGCAAGUAUUUGCUUCUCCCCGUAUAACCCUGAAGCCCUUGGUCCCUAGCUUCCCAUGUUUUGCCAAGAUCUACGUCUCUCUAAUGGAGAAGCCUCAUGUUGACUUUGGGCUCAAGCUUGUGGGAGCUGAUCUUAUGUCAAUUCCAGGAGUAUAUAGACUUGUUCAAGAGAUAAUCAAAGAUCAGGUAGCAAACAUGUACCUGUGGCCUAAAGCCCUGGAAAUUCAAGUCCUAGAUGCAAAAGCCUUGAAGCGGCCUGUUGGAAUCUUGACAGUGAAAGUCCUAAGAGCAAUGAAGUUGAAGAAGAAAGACCUGCUCGGCGCAUCAGACCCAUAUGUGAAACUAAAGUUAACAGAGGAUAAGUUACCAUCCAAGAAGACCACAGUAAGACACAAGAACUUGAACCCGGAAUGGAACGAGGAGUUCAGCAUGACAGUUCAAGACCCCGAGACUCAGUCUCUUGAGCUCCAUGUCUAUGAUUGGGAGCAGGUUGGCAAACAUGACAAGAUGGGGAUGAACCUAGUCCCUCUAAAGGACAUCCCACCAGAAGAGACCAAAGUCAUGACCCUCGACCUACUCAAAACCAUGGACUUGAACGACCCUCAGAACGAGAAAUCGAGAGGCCAGAUCGUCGUUGAACUUACUUACAAGCCAUUUAAGGAAGAAGAAAUGCCGAGCAGCUUUGAGGAGACGCAAACCGUAGAGAAGCCACCAGAGGGAACUCCUACUGGUGGAGGAUUGCUUGUGGUCAUAGUUCAUGAAGCUCAAGAUGUUGAAGGCAAACAUCACACUAAUCCAUGCGUCAGGAUUACUUUUAAAGGCGAGGAGAAAAGAACUAAGCAAAUUAAGAAGAGUAGAGAUCCAAGGUGGGAGGAGGAGUUCCAGUUCAUGCUCGAAGAACCUCCAACCAAUGAAAAGUUGCACGUGGAAAUUACGAGUAGUUCUAAGCGUAUGGGCAUGCUUCAUCCAAAGGAAUCUUUGGGGUAUGUGAUGAUCAAUCUGGCAGAUGUAGUGAAUAACAAGAGGAUCAAUGAGAAGUACCAUCUUAUAGACUCAAAAAAUGGGAAGCUUCAGCUGGAGUUGCAGUGGAGAGCUGCUACUCAGUGAUGUUUCUUAUCUCUUUACAAGACUACAUGUUCUCUUCCUUAUUGGAUUUGAGAUACUGAUGAUCAUGAUGGGAUAAGAAUACAAAGAGCAUGAAAAGGGAAAACCAAAGCUCUAUACUCUGUAGAUGACUCUUGCCCCACUAUUUAGAGUUUGAAUUGGAGGUGUGGUGGAUGAUAUGAACUUUGGUAUCACCAUUUUGUCCACCUUUGGAGGGUUGAAGUCAUAUACUAUGUUUUUUUUCUUCAUGUAUUAGUGUCUAGGGAAUUCCAUUUUUGGCACAAUGCAUGUAUAGCAGAUAGAAUAAUACAAAGACAAAACAAUG